UGCAGAAUGCAAAUGUACGGGUGUAGUGUGAAUUUAGGACUAUGAUGUACUUACUCACUGGUAGCAUUGUGCAUGCCUGCGUGAGGAUUGUGAAGGUUCAACCAAUAAAACCAUGCCGGCACCAGAUUUCAUACAUGUACAUGUAGGAGUCCAACUCCAAAUUUCACAUGAAACUGGACAAGUAACAGUCGCUUGUUACAUUCACCAAAAACAAAUAUCUACAUAUUGCUCUACAAGGAUAUUACAAGUUGAGGUGCAGUCAUUUCACCACUGGACAUCAGUGGCAUGAGAUGUGAGAGAUGAUGGUGUCUAAACGGUUCAUCUUUGGCUUGAUAAGCCUUCAUCUGAUGGUGGUAACUGGUGGUAACGAGAUGUGUAAGGCCUCCAUUGGUGGUCGUAGAGGGGCGUGUCCUCCCACUUGGUACCAGUGGGGACGCAAAUGCUACAAAGCCAUCACUGAGCGCCUGACAUGGUCUGAGGCAAAAGAUGAGUGCAUCAAGAUGGGAAGUGUCUUGGUCAUGCCACAGUCUCAGGAGGAAACUGAUUUCCUGCUCCAGCUACAGCAAUCCAACUUUUGGAUAAACUGCAAUGAUCUCCAGGACGAAGGUACUUGGAAGUGUGAGAAUGAUGAGGUUGAGUUCAGGAAUUGGUCGACUGGUCCACAGUGGCUGCAACCUGAUAACUUGAAUGGUGAGCACUGUGCCAUGGUGUGGGUAGAUCAAGAAGGGAAAUGGAAUGAUGUGCGCUGUGAUAGUCAACUCCCUGCAAUAUGCAACCAACCUGCACCACAGCUGCACUUUUAAUCAGCAACAAGUAAUUAUAGACUGGCAAUCAAAAAUGGACACCAUGUAAUUUGCCUACUUAGUAGAGAUUCGAACCCGCAACGAUUAGAACAAAAGACUAAAUCUGUCAAAUAUAGCUUCCCUGUUCAAUAUACAGGAUGGAAAAAAGAACUCUUUAUGGCAAUAAAAGACACUGACUAUUAUAGGAAUUGAACGCAUCACCUCAAAAACGCAAAGUCAAAUUCACAACACUCUACCAAAAAAUUCCGAGCUCAGAAAGUUCAAGGCACACAGUAGAAAGAAAAAUACAUGUAGACUUGGUUAAAAUACCAAACAAAUUUAAAUGACAAAACAAUGAGAAUGCUGCUAAGUGUUAUUUUUAUGUAUAGUGAAGCUAAGUGCGUAGAGUGAAAAAUACCAACAAGAGUUUACUGCUUGAGUUUUUUUUUCUAAAUUACUUAUAGAAUAAAAGUCUGAUAUGGAAUUUGAUUUGUCCUAGAAAUCAGGCAAACUUUUAACUCAAACAACAUCAAGCAGAAAGGAUGUAAACAAUUCUUUCAAAAUAUAGCGUUACAUGUGUGUCAGCAGGUCUGAUGACCAUAGUGAUUUUUUUUUCGCUUUUGCUGACCAUUUUGUCCAUGCGGUCAUAGGUUUGUCUUAUUUUCUGUGUAAGUCUAUUUUAUGUUAUCUUGCAUAGUAUUGUUCUUAUUUAAUUAUAAUAACAUAAUGCUUGCAUACAAGACGUUGAAAUUGUGAUGUAGCAAAUUGAUUGGCAAUUGGAUAUUGAAAUAAAUUACCCGGUACAUGUAGAUGCAACCUCUCAGAAUUAAAGAUUGCAAUUUUACUAUUGGUUUUGCUCUUCUCUGAUGAAAACUUGAGCUCUGUAUUAAGUUUUAAUGAAGUCAGCAACAAGUCACCCCAAGUU